CCGGAAUCGGCAAGAUGGCUGCUCUCAAAAGGAAAGGGCGAAGAGGCGAUAAAAAUAGUACGCCGCGCUGCUCGGGUGAACAGGAAACAGACAGAAAUAGACAUGACGAAAGUGAAACUUGAACAUCACAAAAGCAGGAAUGAGAUCAUGCCUGUCUUCAAAUCGUACAGACUAUUGUUUAGAUUCAUCGUGGUUCUUGUCCUCUGGUUCGUCCUAGCUUUGUCGUACUACGGUCUGACCUUCAAUGUCGGCCGAAUAGGUCACAAUGUCUACUUAGAUUUUCUCAUCUACGCUGUGUUGGAAAUGGUCGGGUACGUCUCCUGUCUGUUCAUCAACACAAAGUUCGGACGCAAGCCGCUCAACAUUGGCGCCUUCCUUUUGGCUGGUACAGCUUGUGUAUCUUCUUCCCUGAUAUCAAUGUAUGCAGACGGAGACAAUGGCUGGCUGAUCAUUGCUCUGUCGGCGAUUGGUAGGAUGGGAGUAUCUGCGGUGUUCGCUAAUAUUUUCAUAUACUCCGGAGAAUUAUUUCCGACGACGAUUCGGAGUUUUAUAAUUGCCGCAUCCAAUGUCGCCGCUAGAAUAGGAGCUGUUUCCGCUCCUUAUGUUGCUGCUUUGGGGACUAACAGCGAGGCUAGUAACACCUCCAUUAUAUUCGGUGUAUUGUCUUUGGUCGCGGGGGGUCUGUCCUGUUGCCUCCCAGAGACACUCGACACUAAAUUGCCAGACAGUAUCGGUGACAUGGAAGAUCUCAAUAACAGAAAACCCCGUCGGAAUGACAUUGCUCUAGUCGCCACGAACAAUAUCACAGAAGACAGUCGUCCAUGAUCUAUGGAACAAGGAUCCUUGUGUGGUUACAUUAUAUACAACUGUCGCCUCCCACCAGAUAUAAUACCGUUGUAACACAUAAAUCACUGUUUAAGUUGUAAUCAUAACCAUUAUUGUUCUUAU